AUGAUUUCCAGUGUGCUUUGUUUUACAGCGUUACUGGAUCUGGAGGUGACAGCUCAAGCCGCGGACGUGGCGGUGACAGCUCAAGUUGCAGGGUCCACGGCGCCGGAUGUCGAGGUGACAACUCAAGCAGCGGAUGUGCAGGUGACAGCUCAAGUCGGAGGGUCCACGGCACCGGAUGUCGAGGUGAGAACUCAAGCAGCGGAUGUGGAGGUGACAGCUCAAGUCGGAGGGUCCACGGCGCCGGAUGUCGAGGUGAGAACUCAAGCAGCGGAUGUGGAGGUGACAGCUCAAGUCGGAGGGUCCACGGCACCGGAUGUCGAGGUGAGAACUCAAGCAGCGGAUGUGGAGGUGACAGCUCAAGUCGGAGGGUCCACGGCACCGGAUGUCGAGGUGAGAACUCAAGCAGCGGAUGUGGAGGUGACAGCUCAAGUCGGAGGGUCCACGGCGCCGGAUGUCGAGGUGAGAACUCAAGCAGCGGAUGUGGAGGUGACAGCUCAAGUCGGAGGGUCCACGGCGCCGGAUGUCGAGGUGAGAACUCAAGCAGCGGAUGUGGAGGUGACAGGUGCAGGGUCCACGGCGCCGGAUGUCGAGGUGACAACAGACAGCCUGCUGGCUCACGCAGCUUCCGUGCAGAAGCGUGGCACGUGGCUGGAGCUACCCGAUUUGGCUUUGUAUGCAUACUCAAGCGGUGCGUCUUUGACACUAGUGAUCAAUGCAGUUCCAUGGUCGGAGACGCCCGCCCUGCAGUUCAUGUCCAAUCUGCUGGAGGCUAGCCUGGGCAGCUUGAACUUCGGCAAGGCCUCCGACUCCGAGUGGGUGUGCUUCCUGACCCCAUCGUCCUUCCAGCCAUGGGAUGGCCGGCAUGUGCCUGAACUUAAUCACUGGCUUCCAGCAUUCCGGAUACACAAGGCCGCCGAUCCAGAACGGCUCAGGUCCAUGGCUUGCAACGAGGUAGCACGCCUACGUGCACUGGCGAUGUCAGAUGCUGCAGUGAGAGGGCUCGCGUGGCCAGAGUACCUCUCCCUGCCGGAGAAGUUGCCGAACCACUACCUUUUCACUGUCAAGGCCCUGGAGAAAGGGUUUUGCUGUUGGGACGUGCCUGGAGAUGGAGAUUGCGGUGUGCACAGUGUGGACUCGCCAGAGAAGGCGAUGCUGGUCGCCUCAGGUGUGUUCUGGAGUGGCAGCGGCGAAGCCACAGCACGCGUUCGAUCUGAACUUGCCGAGGCUUGGCAGACUGUGUCUGAGAUUCCGGCCUGGUGUGUGCUGGCUUCCCGCUUCUUUCCAGCUGCUUGCCCGGCCAAGUGCAAUCACCUGCCCAGCACAAGCGGUGCAGAUACAGCCGCAGUAGCAGCUGCCCGAGCUGCGGUGCUUCAAGCCUCCACCCCCAGGCGCCGGCCAAAGCGUGAAAGAUCGCAGACACCAGAGCACUGCAAGCCAGUUGUACCCGGGAAAGGCGCGGCCGUUGCAGGCGACGCCAGCAGCUUGCAAUCAGCGGUCCGCCUUUCAGAAGAUGGGCAGGUUGUGUCAGUGCAGCUACCAUCCCUGCCGGACAGACAGCCCCGCAGCGCGGAGCAAGCAGCUUCCGCCGAGACCACAGUCGCUAAGAAACGUGGAAGGUCGCCUCUCGGUCCUCAGCCGCGGCGUCACCGUAAACGGACCCGUGCCGAGGUGGAUCUAUGCAACAGGGUGGAGAAGAGAGCGCAGGAACGCUUGGAUCUGGCAAACAUCACGUUCAAUGGCCACUUUCAGCAAGCGCACCGAGGCCGUUUUCCGCCAGGCCACUGGAGAGAAUUUCUGUUCUGUGUUGCGGGCGAGCAGACGACCAUGGACUGUGCCAAGUGCAAGGAUCUGCUGGCAAAGGUGGCUGAGGCAGCCGCGCUAUCUGGUCCAUUGCCCGAAUCGGAUAGACCUGUGAACGCGACAGGGGAGGCAGAUCAACUGGUGGAGACAGGGGAGGCGGUGGCCUGCCAGGGAUCGGAGCCGCAGGCUCAGGAGCUGCAAGGUGGUGUCAGGACCCGGGAGGGCACCGGACGCAAGCGGGGGCGUCCGGCGAAGGGCUCAUCUACGUUCGAUGUGCUGCUGUAUGUGGCUGGCCUGGACCCUCCGACGUACCUGGUGCUGGACCGAGCGAAGCCGGUAAAGUUGCAGUGUGUGCUCUGCGGUUGGGUGUUCCAUUGCCACGGCAACUCCGAUUACAGCAUUGAGCGCCAUCAGACGAGCCAGGCCCACCGGUUGGCUGUCCAGCGGGUGCAGCCCACAUGCUCCCUGGCGGGCAAGAGCGCGAGGGAGUCAGAGAGGCCUGCCUGUGUCGGCAUCCGUGCCGACGACAAGGGAUACAUGCUCCACAGUGUGCGCGAGGCUUUGGAGAUUUGGUUUGGCGCGGGCUGCCCUGCCGCCGUCCAACACCCAUACGAGGGCUACCUGCUCAGUGCGCAGCCGGACGGUGCCUUGAUGCUGCGCGCCUCCGUGUGCAAGGAACAGGGAGCUGGGUGCAUCAUGGGUGCAAAUGCAUGCCGAGACUGUGCGGAUGCGGCCAAUCGUGGCAAAUUUAUCCAGUUCCUUGCUGUUUGGGGUAUGCGCCUGGACUCCAUAUCGCUCCUUCACCAGUGGAUCCUGGGAGUGCAGAAGCGGGACGAGUGCUUGCAGGAGCUGGUAGGCAGAGAUUACUGGAACGUCCUGGGAACCUGGUCCGCCUUCGCCGAGCGAGUGCGACAGGGCACCUUUGAGGAGUUCCUGAACAGCCUGCGUGAGCAGUUGCUUAGCAGUCCUGUCAAGACACGGAACAGCUCCCUGCGCAUGUUGCUGGAGGCGCGCCUCAUCUGGCUCACUCCGGGACUCGCUCGUCUUUCCGGACGGGAGGAGUCUCGCCAAGCCCUUCAAGAGUUCAGCGACUACCUUGCAUCGCCCGCGGAGCUGCGAGCCGCCAGAUGGAUCGUGGAGGGGAAGCUGUCCGGGGAAGAAGUCGUGAAGCAGCUCGUGCUGCACAUGUGCUCAAAGAUGGAGAAGCUCUCGCGGGGUGUCACGAAGAGGACUGGAGUCUCCACGAUAGAUGGAGUAAGCUUGGCCGAAUGCGGGUUCAGCCUGGGCUCCGUCCUGAACAAGCAGGCCCUCAUGGAUCUCUUCGGGCUGACGAAGACAGGCGCGGAUGCUGCACCGCUGACGUGGGACUUCUUGCCGCAACCCUGGGCUGCGACUGGGGCAGACUUGCGCUCAAACGUGACCCAGGCGGGGGCUCUAAAGCACUGCACUGACCAUGCCUUACAUGCGCUGCUCUCCGGCCACAGCGACAGAUGUGUUAUUGCACACAGUCUGCGCCGCUGUACCUUGUCCAAAUGCAACUGA